AUGUCGGCCUCCGACGUCACCGUCACGGCCGAGAAUGUGGCCGAGAUCCUGCAGAAUGACCGCAUGGUCAAGGUAGCCGGAGUCGACGUGGAUGGCCAACUGCGCGGCAAGAUCAUGAAGAAGAGCAAGUUCCUCUCCGUCGUGACCGAAGGAUUUGGCUUCUGCUCGGUCAUCUUUGGCUGGGACCAGCAUGACCAGACCUACUUCAAGGAGCUCUCCAUUAGUAACAAGGAAAAUGGCUAUCGCGAUCUUCUCGCCGUCCCAGAUCUGCGCAGUUUCAGGCGGAUUCCGUGGGAGAACAAUGUGCCCUUCUUCUUGGUCAGUUUCUUGGAUCCCGACACGAAAGAGCCCGUGUGCGCAUGCCCGCGUGGGCUCCUCAAGACGGUUUCGGGCAAGGCCGAAGCCGCAGGAUAUCGCGCCAUGGCCGGAGCGGAGUAUGAGUUCUAUCAAUUCCGUGCCCCGAGCGACCAUCCCAAUCCCGAGCGCGCGGCGACCGCUACGGCACUUUUCCUUCAAUCGAAUCCUGUCGACUCCCUGCCGUCUUUGACAGAGGGCAUGUUUGGUUACUCCAUCACCCGGCCUUUGCAUAACCAGGAGUAUUACUACGGUAUCUUUGACGCUUGCGAGCAAUUCCGUUGUGAUAUCGAAGGCUGGCAUACCGAGAGCGGACCUGGUGUUUUUGAGGCGGCACUGCAAUUCGGAGAAGCGAAAGAUAUGGCCGAUAAGGCGGGGCUGUUCAAAUAUGUUGUCAAGGCAUACGGUAUCAAACACGGAAUUACGCCUUGCUUCAUGGCGAAGCCGCGCCAAGGCUUGCCUGGAAACAGUGGACACAUGCAUAUUUCUCUUGUUACGGCAGAUGGCAAGAACGCAUUCAUUCGCGACACUCCCGAUCCUUCACCCCCAUAUCCGGAUGUCGCACAUCUCUCAGAUCUCGGUCGUCACUUCCUCGCAGGUCUCUUGGUAGGCUUACCAGAUGUGAUGCCGCUCUUUGCCCCCACGAUCAAUUCCUAUAAACGCCUAGUUGAGAAUUUCUGGGCUCCAGUGACUGUCUCAUGGGGUCUUGAACACCGCGCUGCCUCUAUUCGCUUGAUCACUCCCCCUACAGCCAGCGCCAAGGCUACACGGUUCGAGGUUCGCACUCCAGGUGCUGAUGCCAACCCUCAUCUUGUGCUUGCCGCCAUCAUGGCACUAGGCUGGCGUGGUGUGGAAAAGAAGCUGGAGAUUCCCACACCGCCCUUGUCAAAGGGUGAAGAAAUGGGUGGUGCCAGCGACCAGGGUGUAAGACUCGCGAAGUCUCUUAAAGAGGCUGUCGCUACAUUUACGCGACCUGACAGUGUGGCUCGCGAGGUCUUUGGAGAUACCUUCGUUGAUCACUUUGGCGGGACGAGAGAGCACGAAGUGCGCUUGUUUGAGGAAGCUGUCACUGACUGGUAA